AUGUCAGAUGUGUCUUUCAAGGGAAACACUUACUGGUUCGCUUCAGAUGAAGAAAAACCGGAGCUUGGCGUAUCCUUGCUCAGGUUUGAUUUUGCAACUGAGAAGUUUGGAUACUUGCCUCUUCCCUAUCAGUCUCGUUACGAAACUGCGUGUCUCUCAGUUGUUAGAGAAGAGAAACUUUGUGUGUUAUUGCAACAAGAGAUUUGGUCAAAGACUGAGAUAUGGGUGACGGAUAAGAUUGGUGAGAGCAACAAAGGUGUGUCGUGGAGCAAGGUCUUAGCAUUGGAUUUGAGCCUUGAUCUUGACACGUUUUGA